AUGGCUCAGUGUGAGUUUUAUAUCGAACGAAAAGGUCGCAAUUGCGGCAUGACUUGUCGUGAAGGUACUAGUAGAUGUGUGGUACAUUCAGAUUCACCAGCAAAAAGAGUUCCAUGUCCAUUAGAUCCAAAUCAUAGUGUUUGGGAAGCAAGUCUACAGAAACAUUUGCGUAAAUGUAAUAAACUUAAGCAACGGCAUCUUAAUGAUGAUCAAGAUUUCUACCAAGCAAAUUUAAAUGCAUGUGGUUCUCCACCUUUGCCAUUACUUGAAGAUUCUCCACAAGAUGUACUAGAUGCUAUACCGCUGGUGGAGAAAAUAUAUCAACAAUUCGAUGAAUUGACCCUGGAACAGAAGACUAAUGAUUACAUGGAAAGCAGUAGAAUGUUACAAUUACCAUCAAACAAAAAGCAUGCAUUGCAACAGUCUUCAUUAAUUCAGCAUAUGGUAGAUGGGGGGAUGUUCGGACCUGAUAGGACAUUUAUAGAAUUUGGUUGUGGGCGUGCAGAAUUGUCUCGGUAUGUGAACCAAGUGGCGCUGUUAAGAGGAGAUUUAGAUCAGUCUGAAUUACCAAAAUUUGUUUUAAUUGAUCGUGGGACUAAUAGGAUGAAAUUUGAUAAAAAAUUCGGUGACGAUUGUUGGGAAAUUGCCAAGAUUCAGAACGGGCGUGAUAGGACUCAGCGUUAUAGAAUUGAUAUUAAGGAUUUAAAAUUAUCUUCCUUAUUGGAAGAUGGUCGUAACUACGUUGCGAUUUCUAAGCAUCUCUGUGGUGUAGCUACAGAUUUGACACUGCGUUGUUUGCAAAACAGUUCAUUGAAUAACGAAACCCUUAGCGGGAUUUGCAUUGCAAUGUGUUGUAGACACUGUUGUGACCCGCAAGAAUACAUCAAUCCGGAAUUUUUAAAAUGUCAAUUAGCUGAAAACGAUAGUAAGUUAGACUAUCAUCGUUUUUUCAAGAGUCUUAUGAAGAUGUGUUCAUGGGCAACUUGUGGUAGAAGAUCAGGUAUGCAGGAUAGCGAUGUUGGUGAACAUUUCACAGGAUUGCCCGUGGUCAAAAGAGAGGAAUUAGGUCGUAUGGCAAGAAGAAUUAUCGAUGAAGGUAGAGCCCAAUGGAUACGAGACAAAGGGUUCAAUGUGAGGCUUGUAAAGUAUGUAGAACAAGAUAUAUCGCUAGAAAAUGUAGCACUGGUCGUAGAACCUAAAUAA